CAAAUAUGUCUCAGGUUAGUUUUGCAAGAUCACCUGUGUCUCACCUUCACUUGUAAUGUGAGAUAACCAAAAUCUAAAAUAACACUAAUUAAUGUGAAGGAAAGUAUGAUUAGACGCUAAAAGAAUUCUUCUAAUUAGAUUGGAAAACCCUCCACUUUUUGAAGCCUCGAGAGCAUGGGAUGAUGUCAACAGCACAUCUAUGGAGUCGAUUUCGCUGGGAUCACCAAGCUGUGGUCCUCAACUGCUCUGCCAUCGCCUUCCUUCCACAUCACUGCGUGGGACUGGCCACCUUGCGAUCCUGUCAAGCUUCGUACAAUGCUGGUGUUCCACAUGACCGCAACACACUAGUUGGUGACGAAGCUUGCGUUGCUUCUCUACGAGGGAUCAAUGAUGACGAUCGACAUUCGAGCUUUCAGGGAGUCAAAGAAGGUUGUGCACGAAUCAUGAUGUUCCCAUUACUUGAAUCCGUCGCCAUGCUUUGUGUGUAGUUCUACAGCCAUAAAGACACCAUUAGUAUUGCGGCUUUUCUUGUAGGGUGUGUUCUUCUUUGACGAAGUGGCAGUGAUGCAGAACCAGCAAACCUACUUUGGAUGCCUAACACGACGACGUCCCUUUCUGAAUCAUCGCAUUGUCACCAAACAUCAAAAUCAAGUCAAAUCAGAUGGAAAUCUGCAACCUUCUUUCUCAUUGUCAUUUCAAAGCUGUCUCCUUAAUCUCCCAGCGCACGGGAAGGACAGGACAGAGACGCUUCUUAACCGUAUACUACACAGAUAUCUCACAACCAGUUCUUGCCUCCCCCUCCUCUGCCAUCAGCACCCAUCACUACUGUUCUAAAUGUUGGUUCCUUCGAUUCUACGGCAUUCCGAGUUCCACUAACACGACGCUUCUCUUCAUAGUUCCUUCUCCAUCCAAAUCCAGAGAGUCGCAGAAACCAGAAGAAAUCAGACGGCAUGAUCUCCUCUGCUUCUAACUCUCAGUGUUUUCUUCUAUUUCUGCUGCUUUUUCUUCUCCAGCCAUUCACCUCCCGUUCCUCGAGUACUACGGGUGGUGCAAAGGGCUCAUCUUUGUCUCUUGUACUGCCGCUAAGAGUCCAAAAGGUGCCAUCUUUGGCUCUCCGCAAGCCAUCCAACAAGCUCCUCUUCCACCAUAAUGUCAGCCUCACCGUCCCACUCGCCGUCGGCACGCCGCCGCAGAACGUUUCCAUGGUGCUCGACACCGGAAGCGAGCUCUCCUGGCUCCUCUGCAACUCUUCCGCUGCGCACUCCUUCGACCCCAACAGGUCGUCAUCCUACCACCCUGUCCCCUGCUACUCCCCGACUUGUCGCGACCGCGGCCGCGACCUCCCCAUGCCGCCCAUCUGCGACGCCUCCUCGCCCGGCGGUCGUUGCCAUGUUUACCUCUCCUAUGCUGACGCCUCCACCGCCGACGGCGCCAUCGCCACCGACUCCUUCCUCGUGGGCAGCUCGCCCUCACUGCCCACCGUUUUCGCCUGCGUGGCCUCCGCCUAUUCCUCCUCUGGCGGCGACACCGACGCCGCCGGGCUGCUCGGGAUGAACAGGGGAUCCCUCUCCUUCGUGACCCAGAGCGGCAUCCGCCGAUUCUCCUACUGCAUUCCGGAUCACGACGCCUUCGGACUGCUCCUCCUCGGCAACGCGGAGCCCCCCUUCCCGCUGCCGUUCAAUUACACCCCUUUGAUCCAAAUCACCCUCCCCCUCCCCUACUUCGACCGGGUCGCCUACUCCGUCCAGCUCGAGGGCAUCCGCGUCGGCCACGCCCUCCUCCCGAUCCCCAAGUCCGUGCUCGUCCCGGACCACACCGGCGCCGGGCAGACCAUGGUCGACUCCGGCAGCCAGUUCACGUUCCUCCUCGGCCCCGCCUACGACGCGCUCAAGGCGGAGUUCUCGCGGCAGACCAGGGGCGCGCUCGCGCCCCUGGGCGAGCCGGACUUCGUGUUCCAGGGGGCGUUCGACCUCUGCUUCCGGGUGCCAGCGGCAAGGGAGGAGCCCCCACCGGGGCUGCCGGCGGUGGUGCUGCUGCUGCGAGGCGGCGCGGAGGUGGCGGUGGGGGGGGAGACGCUGCUGUACCGGGUGCCGGGCGAGGUGCGAGGGGCGGACGCGGUAUGGUGCUUCACGUUCGGGAACUCGGACUUGGUGCCACUGUCGGCGUACGUGAUCGGGCACCAUCACCAGCAGAACGUGUGGGUGGAGUACGACCUGGAGAACGCUCGGGUCGGGUUCGCGCCGGCGCGGUGCGACCAGGCGAGUCGGCAACUCGGUGUGGCGAGCCCGUGAUCACUAUUAACGAUCCGUCUUGUGGUAGUGUAAAUACGUGCGCAGUGGGUCCAUGUGUAGAGGCAUGUAUAUAUGUACUACGUCGAGGCAGCUAAUAAUCGAGUCUUAUUCCUG